CCCAGAUCGACUGGACUUUGCUUGAAUUCCAGCAUUGUUACUUUGAUACGUGCACCGUCAUGCUCCGGCGGGCCUGCAGGAUAAGGCCUCUCCGGUCAGUACCGCUCUCGCAUUCGAUCAUCCGCUUCUCAUCCUCUCUCUCUCCGCCGCUGAUCUCUAUUAAGAACACGACCUUUUACAAGACUGCUCCCACCCCUCAAGACAAAGCCCGAGGCAUAAACCCGACCGUGUUCAAAGAGGUCGAUUUCACCCUGCCGAGCGAGGCUUUAGAGGAGGAUAAUUUCGAAAUUCAGACCUGGGCCGUUGUCGGGCGCUCUGACAGGACUCAGUUCCUCGAAAUCCUUGCCGGCAAGUACAUACCUGACCCCCCCAACGGCCGGAGUUACCCGUACCUUCUCACCGAUGAGAUCGCCCAGCGCAAUCCCCGAGCGCGAUACCCAGACAAUGCGAUCAGAUACCUGGGGUUUAGCGGAGAAGGCUCCGCAGCCAAUGGGGGCACGCGGGGCGCCUAUCUGAGUGCUCGGUAUGAGAGUUUGCGGGAGGAGACGGACUGGACGGUGCGCCAAUUUCUCCGCGGCCAGACCUCGUUGAACCCGCUCCCGGAGGAGCAAGGUGGUACCAUUGAUGACGAGGAGUUGCUCGCCCGGGUCAUCAAGGAUCUGCGGCUAGCUGAGCUUCUGGACAUGCCGGUGGCCAACUUGAGCAACGGUCAAAUGCGACGAGCCCGGGUCGCCAAAGCCCUGCUGAAGAAACCGGAAGUGCUACUUCUUGACGAUCCUUUCAUGGGCCUGGAUCCUGAAUCCCUCGCAAGAAUGUCGGAACUCCUCCGCCGCCUCGCCCGCAAGGCAGAACCCCGGUUGAUUCUCUCAUUCCGUCCACAAGACCCGUUGCCAGACUGGAUCAGUCAUGUUGUCAUACUCGGCGACAACCAAGGCGUGAUAUACGCGGGGCGUCGAGCACAUGCCCAUCAAUUGGCCAAUGUAUGGGCACAUUUCGCCCAAUCUCGCCGCUUCGGCUUGUCACAAAUCCUUGCCAAUCCACCGUAUGAGGCAGAUGUCCUGGACGGCUACAACAGGAUACAGAGGAACACCGAAGGAAGCUACGUUAGAUCUACUCAGAAAGCGGCAACGACCAUGACCCGGGAAUACAUGCACGAGUUUUUAAGGGGGUUUUCACCAUCUUCUCUGUCCGAAAGCUCCGCGCCAGCCAAGCCCCAUCCGCUCCGAGGUGGCGAACCCUUGAUCGAAAUGGAAGGGGUUCGCGUGCAGUAUGGAGACAAGGCCGUUCUGGGCAAUUGGUCACAGUCUGUUGACGGCGAAUUGAAAGAGGGUCUCCACUGGACGGUGCGUCGCGGCCAGCGCUGGAUUAUCCUCGGUGCCAACGGAUCCGGCAAGACGACACUCCUCUCGCUCAUCACCUCCGACCACCCUCAGACAUAUGCGCUUCCCAUCCGUCUUUUCGGCCGCUCCCGUCUGCCUGAAGAAGGCAAACCGGGCAUCUCCAUCUUUGAACUUCAGCGGCGCAUUGGUCACUCCUCGCCCGAAGUCCAGGCUUUCUUUCCCCAUCAACUAACCCUGCGGGAAGUUAUCGAAUCCGGCUUUGCUGAGACCUUCUUGUCGCGGCCGAAGAUGGACUACGAGCGCGAUCUGGACGUGGAGGCCAUCCUGGAGUAUUUCAAGCCUGAGAUCGGCGCUGCCCUAGCGCUCCCGCGCAAUCUCCCAGGUCGCAAAAGGGGGGUCAUUACGCAAGCCACUGGCAAGAUGUUCCCGUUGCACGAUGCUUACCACUUCAGAAAGGUGUUCAGUCCCCCUGGCGCUGAGUUGGAAUGGGCCGACAUGACUACGUAUGGGCAGUUACCGCCCGAUAUCCAGAGGCUUGCUCUUUUCCUGCGCGCUUUGGUUCAUCGACCUGAUAUCGUCAUCCUCGAUGAGGCGUUCUCCGGAAUGAGCACCGGUCUACGUGACAAGUGCAUUGACUUCCUUGAAAACGGGCUUGGCCCGGAGUCUCGCUUCGGCGGUCUCUCCGAUGAGCAGGCCCUCAUCAUGAUCAGCCAUGUCCGUCAGGAGAUCCCGGAGAGCGUGCGCUACUACAUGCGUCUGCCGUCGGAAGAACAGGAGGGCACCUUCCGCUUCGGCCCGCUCCAGCCGCAGAGCUCCUUGAAUAACCCCAAGGUUUGGAACAUGCUGUGGGCGCCGCCGGAGGCUUAUGUCAAGAGGACCAACCCAGCUGAUCCGGCGGAGGUCCCGGAGGGGGAGGCGGUACGGGAGGACUACAAUCGGUACGAUUGGCGAUCUGUCUAGAAGCCUUUGUAUAAAAACCACAUCGGGCGAGUUAGUGGAUUGGUUGGAUUUAGCGGUUGCUUAGAUGUAUUAUUACGCCUGAUAUAGAAUGCAAAAUACAC